UUUGCACCAUUUACAGCUUUACUUUAGCACCUUAGGGAAGAGUUGGAAAUGAAGUGGUUGUGUUUCUUACUUAACAAGAAGAGGAAGUCUUAGUUAACGCCCUAGAGAAACCAGAGGAGAAACUUUGUUCACUAUAGUAAAAUGCCGAAACUGAAGCUUAGAGUCCCACCCUUUCUGUUGAUAUGCCGAAGGUCACUUGGCACCCAGAGUGAGCUGAGAGGAAUGUCCUCUCAAUAUUGCCUGGCGGAUCGCUUAGGGGAGUCUUGCUUGGAUUGUGUGGGUAGAACAGAGGAGUGAAAACCACAAUGAAUGGUCAUAUUUCUAAUCAUCCCAGUGGCUUUGGAAUGUAUCCAUCUCAAAUGAAUGGCUACGGAUCAUCACCCACCUUUUCCCAAAUGGACAGAGAACACGGUUCAAGAACAAGUGCAAAGGCCCUGUAUGAGCAAAGGAAGAGUUAUGCCCGGGACAGUGUCAGCAGCGUGUCUGACACAUCCCAAUACCGUGUUGAGCACUUGACUACCUUUGUUCUGGAUCGGAAAGAUGCAAUGAUAACUGUGGAUGAUGGAAUAAGGAAGCUGAAAUUGCUUGAUGCCAAGGGCAAAGUGUGGACUCAAGAUAUGAUUCUUCAAGUGGAUGACAGAGCUGUGAGCCUGAUUGACUUAGAAUCAAAGAAUGAACUAGAGAAUUUUCCUUUAAACACAAUCCAGCACUGCCAAGCUGUGAUGCAUUCCUGUAACUAUGAUUCAGUUCUUGCCCUGGUGUGCAAAGAGCCAACUCAGAACAAGCCAGAUCUUCAUCUUUUCCAAUGUGAUGAGAUUAAGGCAAACCUCAUUAGUGAAGACAUUGAAAGUGCAAUCAGUGACAGUAAAGGAGGGAAACAGAAGAGGCGGCCCGAAGCCCUGAGGAUGAUUUCAAAAGCAGACCCUGGUAUACCGCCUCCACCAAGAGCUCCUGCCCCAGUGCCCCCUGGGACUGUUACCCAGGUGGAUGUUAGAAGUCGGGUGGCAGCCUGGUCUGCGUGGGCAGCUGACCAGGGGGACUUUGAGAAGCCAAGGCAGUAUCAUGAGCAGGAAGAAACGCCUGAGAUGAUGGCGGCCCGAAUUGACAGAGAUGUGCAAAUAUUAAACCACAUUUUGGAUGAUAUUGAAUUUUUUAUCACAAAACUCCAAAAAGCAGCUGAAGCAUUUUCUGAGCUUUCUAAAAGGAAGAAGACUAAGAAAGGUAAAAAGAAAGGGCCAGGAGAGGGCGUUUUAACUCUGCGGGCAAAACCUCCUCCUCCUGAUGAAUUUAUUGACUGUUUACAAAAGUUUAAACAUGGAUUUAACCUUCUGGCCAAACUGAAGUCUCAUAUCCAGAAUCCGAGUGCUGCAGAUUUGGUUCAUUUUUUAUUUACUCCAUUAAAUAUGGUGGUGCAGGCAACAGGAGGUCCUGAACUAGCCAGUUCAGUACUCAGCCCCCUGUUGACUAAGGACACAAUUGAUUUCUUAAAUUAUACUGUCAACGCUGAUGAAAGGCAGCUUUGGGUGUCACUGGGAGAAACUUGGAUGAAAGCCAGAGCAGAGUGGCCAAAAGAACAAUUUAUUCCACCAUAUGUUCCACGGUUCCGCAACGGUUGGGAGCCCCCAAUGCUGAACUUCAUGGGAGCACCGAUGGAACAAGAUCUUUAUCAGCUGGCCGAGUCUGUGGCAAAUGUAGCAGAACAUCAGCGCAAACAAGAGACAAAAAGAUUAUCCACAGAGCAGUCCAGUGUAUCAGAGUAUCCUCCACCUGAUGGGUAUGCGUUCAAUAACAUGUACACAAGAAUGCCCCAUCUGGACCAAGGGGAAGCUGCUGUGGCUUUUAAGCCAACUCCUAAUCUCCACGUAGAUAGAAAUUAUGAUCUACUGAAAGCACAACCCAAGAAGUAUGCCAAAUCCAAGUAUGACUUUGUGGCAAGGAACAACAGUGAGCUCUCAGUUCUAAAAGAUGAUAUUUUAGAGAUCCUUGAUGAUAGAAAACAAUGGUGGAAGGUUCGAAAUGCAAGUGGAGACUCUGGAUUUGUGCCAAAUAACAUUUUGGAUAUAGUGAGACCUCCAGAAUCUGGAUUAGGGCGUGCUGAUCCACCAUACACGCAUACCAUACAGAAACAAAGGAUGGAAUAUGGUCCAAGACCAACGGAUACUCCCUCUGCUCCAUCGCCUCCUCCAACACCUGCUCCUGUUCCUGUACCCCUUCCUCCUUCUACUCCAGCACCUGUUUCUGUGCCAAAGGUCCCAGCAAAUGUGACCCGUCAGAACAGCAGCUCCAGUGACAGUGGUGGUAGUAUUGUGCGAGAUAACCAGAAACACAAACAACUUCCGGUCGACCGAAGGAAAUCUCAGAUGGAGGAAGUGCAGGACGAGCUCAUCCACAGACUCACCAUUGGCCGGAGUGCCGCGCAGAAGAGGUUCCACGUGCCACGGCAGAACGUGCCAGUUGUCAAUAUCACUUAUGACUCCACACCAGAAGACGUGAAGACGUGGUUACAGUCAAAGGGGUUCAGCCCUGUGACUGUCAAUAGUCUUGGAGUAUUAAACGGGGCACAGCUUUUCUCUCUCAAUAAAGAUGAACUGAAGACAGUCUGCCCUGAAGGGUCCAGAGUCUUUAGCCAAAUCACUGUACAAAAAGCUGCGCUAGAGGAUAACAGCGGCAGCUCCGAGUUGCAAGAAAUCAUGCGAAGACGACAGGAAAAAAUCAGUGCUGCUGCUAGUGAUUCGGGAGUGGAAUCUUUUGAUGAGGGGAGCAGUCACUAAUUUGUUUUUAACUCCAUUGAAAUGUUUGGCAUUACUCCAAUGUGCUUUGUUUUAAGAAGCCAUGAAGGGAAUGUCAGAUCCUUAUUUCUUGGAAUACUUAAUUUAUCACCAUAAAGAAACAAUGCAAACAUAAGAAAUCAGAGGACUUGUUUCCUGGCCUAUUAUUUUUAUUAAAACUGAAUAAUUUUAAUAGAUGUUCUGCCCUUGGGAAAUAUUUUGCCUACUUUACCAAGGUCAGGUUUCCUUUAUUGGAUUAAUUAUUUCAUCCCCAUCUCAGUGGAUAAGGCAGCAUUUUUUUUUUUUUUGACAGUGGUGAAUUUAUUUCUUACAGCAAAACAAAGAUAUUGCCCAUGAUUUAAAAUCUGUUGAUUUCAGUUUUGUCCAUGACUCUGGUGUCUGUCAUUCAGAGUGUAGCUUACUGUAGGCUAGCCUCUGCUUACUUAGGUCUCUUCUUUGACAUACUCAAUGAUAGAAUUAUUUAGAUUUAUUUAAAGUUCUUAAUGCCAACAGUUUUUUUAAAAAAAUCAAAACAUUUAAUGAACUGUAAAAUACAACAAGGCCUUGGACAUGCAAAUAUAAACCUAUGGAACAUUCCCAAGACAUUUUAUGUAUCAUGGCUCUGUUGAUCACAACUCCUUGUAUAGCCUGUGUUUCGAUUUAGUUUAUAUUCUGCUUAUUAUCUAUAUUGUGUUCUUAUAUAUGAGAAAGCACAAGUGGAAAAGAGGUCAUAUGCCGUCAGAACGUAUCACAGGAAGUAGCCCACAUUGGUGUGCGUCACAGUAUUUUGCUAAUGAAAGCCUCAGUUCUGAAUAUUGAUAUAAGUAGUUAAAUGGAUAUUGGGGCCAUUUUAUGUGUUUAUCUGUGUCAAGUUUUUCUGGUAAUAAGAAACACUUAAUUUACACAUAUUUUAAUCCUGUGAAAGAUUCUAGAUAGAGAAAAGAAAGAUACUUAACCUUCAACAAAUGUUAUUUUUGGAAACACAAUUUUUGUCAUUAAAUGUUAUAUUAUUUCACAUAUAUAAAACAGAUGUUAUGUAAGAAUGUUGUAUAUUUUAACAUAAAUCCAUUUAGAGAGAUUAUCUAGAUUCAUUAAUUUUCAUAGUGCCUUUUUCACAUGAGUCAGCUGGAAAGUCUGCAAUAAACAGUAUUUGCUGUAUGUUAAUAAA